AUGAUAAGUAGAGAUGAUGCAAAAGAAGAGUUGAUGGCCCAAAUAGGAGUCGAGAGUAAUACUUACCAUCUCACUCGUGAAAACAUCACACAAAACCUCAUCCUCGUACCAUGCUCCAAGGUAACCGGGUUACAAAGUCAUGUGAUUAUAGACUUAACAAAAUACAUUAGAGGAGCUAAAACAAUUAUUGCUUGA